UUAGUUCUGACUGGAUUCCAUAGUGGCAUGUUGCCCUCCUACUCUUUGAGCGAGACCGAUGAACGCCGUAGAUUGAAUGAACACAGUAAGCGCGGACACGGCAGUCUCCAUAUGUACCAUGGGCCUGAAGCACCACCAACGCGUUGCAUUUUCCCUAUUGCGUGUGUUUUGCCGAGUUUGGCGUUCUUUUUUUGAAAUAUUAGGUUGGACGAAAGACAGUCGUUGAAGAACCAUGGCGUCCAUCGGUAUUGAUUUCGGGACAUCAACUAGCGCGAUAUCGAUUUUCAGAGGCGGCAAACCAGAGAUCAUCCCGAACGAAUACGGGAAUAACAGGACAGCCUCCUUUGUUAGUUGGGACUCUCUGAGCAAAAUUGUUGUUGGCGAUUCUGCCAAAGAUACUGCCUCUACGAACCCAACUAACACGUCAUCACUUGAAGAAGCCGCCACCAGGCUUUUCGCUGAAUUCAAGCGAUCCGCCGAGCUCUACUUGCGAAAGCCAGUGUCAAACGCCGUCGUCACUAUCCCCGUAUAUUACAGGACAGCGCAGCGGGAGGCCCUCAAACGUGCAGUGAAGGCAGCGAAUCUCAAUAUUCUGCGGUUGCCUUACGAAGCAAGCGCCAUUCUCACCGCAUACGCAUUCCAGCAUCGGGCCGCAGGCCAAGACGACUACAACGUCACCCUUGUUGACUUCGGAGCGGGCUCACUGCAGGCAACCCUGAAAUUGGGGGGGGAUAUGAUUGAUCUGCGCCUCCUGGAUAUGCUUCUUGGCGACAUUCAUCGGAAACUUGGGAUAGAUCUCCGCCAGGACCAACCAUCCCUACGGCGUUUGCGUAGUGCAUGCGAGCGUGCCAAACGAGAACUCUCAUCGCAACUGGUCACAUCGGUCGAAAUCGACGCACUACCUGGGGGUUUUGACUAUCAGUCGGACAUUUCAAGAAAUAAGCUGGAAACAAUAUGCACUGAUCUGUUUUAUCUGGUUGGUUUCGGGCGCGACGCAGAGAAGCUGCAAGACACUCCUCAGCUUGCUUCUUUGGGUGCAUCCAUCCUAAGUGGACCAGCCCCUGAUGAGCCCCAAGACGAUGCUCCGACUGAGCAAUUCUUAGCCUUGGAGGUCGCCAACACCGCCAUCGGCUUUUACGCCAAUCAUUCCCCGAAAUAUAACAAUACCCACCAAAAGCACGAAAUCGUUCGCAACGGUCUCGAUGGUCAGACACGAUUCAUUAUAAAGGUGUACGAGGGCGACCGGGCAAAAGCAGCGGAUAAUACUCUUCUCACCGUUCUUGAUAUCAAUGACAUACCCCCCGCACCGAAGGGUUCCGUCGAGAUCGACCACAACCAUGAAAUCACGAUCAUCGCCGCCCACCGAGCCACUGCUCGCGAGUUUUCAUAUCAUCUGAGCCAUGAGAAAUUCGGAGAUUCAUCGUUGUACGCUCCAUUGGCCGUCAUUGCAGAGCCAAACUUUGUGAGAGUGCGAUAUGCAGAGCGUGCUAUGUCUCCCCCACCCGGAUUUCCGCAACCACGGCCCUCAGGUAGUGCGGAUCCGGUCCCCAUCAUCCCCCAAAGGGACACUGCACGUGAAGAUCUCGAGGCGUAUGCCCUCGGCCUUCGACAUGCUUCCUUGAAGCUGAAUGAGGCCAGCGUCGAUGGUCUUGACUUCGUUCGACGAGAUGCGGCGGCCGGCCUUACUUCCUCUUCUGUGUAUGUGGACAAGCUGAAGGAGCUCAAAGCUCUAUGCAAGUAGCAAUCUAUUGCAUGAUUUUUGGGGCGUAAUACAUAUUACCAGUCACUCUGAAUAGCAUGCUGGCUCUCAGACAAAUUAUUCCCAAUACAUCUUGCAGUCCCCAUACAGACACCAUGUUGUACAAAAGUUUUUUUUAACACUGAUACACCCCAAGACCGAUUGUUGCCAAUGAAAUUCCGAAAAUUAAUAAGAAUCCGAGCCGUCGAA